UAUUUCUGAGGAUGGGAAUGGUACUAAAGCUACUGCUAAAAAAUUCAAAAUAUUCACAAACAAGAAGAGAGAAAAUGAAGAAAUCUUGACGAGACAAAACAGCAUGGGAUUUUUGAGAAGCAUGUGUAAAUUGGUAAAGCUAGAGAGAAGAGAUAAUGAAAAGAAGUAG